AUGCAGACACUGAACACCUGGGAUAGUCGUGAUAAGACCAUGGGGAAGUGGGCCAUCUUUAUCUUCCACGAGGACGGAGAAGAGCACUACUGGUGCUACGGGGAUGGCGGCAGCGCGGGCGACUUUCCCACCCGCGCCGGGCUGUACGCGACCGAACACUAUGCGUGUAUUGACACCUGGUCGCGCGAUUUCCACGUUUACAAGACGUCCAUCUCAAAAGAAGAGGCGGAAUCCAUCCUGGGCUCUGGAAACGUCUGGCCCUUCUCGGGCAGCGACGAGGAGUACAAGGAAGAACUGCACAAAUUCUGGAAAGCCACAUCUUUCUAG